AUGGCCGCCAUUCGCUCUCUCCUCAAUCCAAUGACAGAUGACAAGAUCCAGGACAGCAACGAGGAGAGCAAAGACGACCAAUCCACCCACGACAGACCGGCCUCGGCCUUCUCUGAUGCUGCAGGAGACUUCCAGCACAAGCCGAACCGAAAGAAACAGAAGAUUUGCAAGGAUGCUGCAGUCUUCAAGGCCGGCACCAUCCGAGGAGAAUGUCGAUAUCCACCAUACGAGGAUCAAGAUGAAGUCCUUGCUGCUAAACACCAGAUGUUCGAAGUGUACCCGGUGGGCAACAUAGCUUCGUAUCCCAGGCACAUUCCGUACAACAGUGAGAAGAAGCUAUACCUGGAGAAGACAGGCAGAGAGAGCUUCGAAGUUUUUCAAUAUCAGUUCAAGAUCCCUGGAGAUUCUGUCACGUACACAAUGUUGUGGGACUACAACAUUGGGUUGGUCCGUACGACACCGCUGUUCAAAUGUGGAAACUAUUCAAAGACGACUCCAGCGAAGAUGCUGUCUCGAAACGUCGGCUUGAAAGAGAUAUGCCACAGUAUCACCGGAGGGGCUUUGGUUGCACAAGGAUAUUGGAUACCAUAUGAGGCUGCCAAAGCCGUUGCAGCGACAUUCUGUUGGCACAUCCGUUAUGCCUUGACUCCUGUCUUUGGAAAAGACUUCCCGGAUACCUGUCUGCGUCCAGACUCGGAGGGUUUUGGGUCCAUGCAGAUCGAUCCUGAGAUCACCAAAAGAUGUGCAGUGCAAGCCCAACUGUAUCGUGAACUCGAAUUGCAGGAAGCGUUCACCCCUUCAUCCGGCAUACCCAGUCCACGAACGCCACGGACACCGCCAUUCCGACCCCAGGUCAAGAAGCUGUUGCCCAAGCCACCCAAGGUAGCCGAGACCACGAGCGAAUAUUCGACUGAUUCGGGGCUUGAAGACAAAUAUGAACUCUCUUCCCCGUCUCCGCAAAUCGCUUUCAGCGAUCCAUGGUCCGCAGUCAACUCUCCUCGAUCUCCACCACCAAAGAUAUCGUUUACCAAUCCAUGGUCGCCUGCCAGUACCACCCGAUCGGAGUCUCCUCAUAGGGUCUCACGCAAAGGGCAGACUGCAGCCAAUAUUCCCCGUUCUCACACACCUCUUGAUCUCCUGCCACCGCCUCGGAAACCCCUCUAUCCUGCCAUCAACACCAUGAUGGGCAAGGCCGGGAAUAGUGGCAUCGGCACUGGUGAGGUGCUGCCAGUCCAAGAAGUGUCUCCUAAAUCGGGAGCGGGACGCAUGGACGUCGACGAAGACUAUGACGCUGGCUCGGACAAUUCUGACGCGGCUAAGGCGGUCAUGAGAACUAGGAAGAGGUCGUCCAGGGAAUUCACGGAGACAAAGGCAGCCUAUGUCUUGAUGAAGUUGCGGACGCAGACGGACACCGUCAAGGCAGGAUUGAACUCGCUCAAACGUCGAGCAUCCGCCUAG